UUCAUCCCAUUAUCACACGAGAAGACCACAUACAGAGGAAAUGGCAAUGAAGGUGUACGGGCCAGCAGCGUCGACGAACGUGGCUCGCGUUCUGGUCUGCCUGGAGGAGGUUGGCGCAGAGUACGAGGUAGUGCCCGUCGACAUGCCCUCCGGCGAGCACAAGAUCCCAGCACAUGUUGCCCGCAAUCCCUUCGGUCAGGUCCCAGCUUUCCAGGAUGGUGAUCUGAUUCUUUCUGAGUCCCGUGCAAUUUCGAAGUACAUCCUUCGCAAAGGCGGGUCCGAUCUCCUCCGAGAAAGUAACCUCUCCGAGUCUGCAAUGGUGGACGUUUGGCUCGAGGUCGAGAAGGCGCACUUCAACAGCGCCAUGUCGCCCAUCAUCUUCCAGAGCUUCGUCGUCCCUAAUUUCUUGGGCGGCGAAACCGACGUUAAAAUCGUCAUGGAGAAUCUAGAGAAGCUGAAGACGGCCCUGGAGGUUUACGAGGCACGUCUGUUCAGGUUCAAGUACUUAGCCGGAGACAUUGUCAGCCUAGCGGACAUCAGCCAUUUCCCGGCAGCCUACUAUCUGCUGGGCGGGCCCCAUGCGUCAGUGCUUGAGGCGUAUCUGCAUGUCAAGGCCUGGAUCACCGAGGUGAUGGACAGGCCGAGCGUGAAGAAGGUCCCGGAGCUCAUGAAGAUGCCAUCAGCCUGACCUCAGGAAGCAGUAUACUAGUACUGGAUUUGGAUUUGUGCAGAAUCUGCUCUCUCUAAUUGCAUCCUUUAUAUUCUUG